AGAGUGGAGCAGGGAAUUACACACAAAAAACAGACGAAGUCAAACACCCUCCCCUGGACACACCCUGCCGCUGAGGAGCACUGCUUCUUCUCUUUUUUCUGAACCAUCGCCCACGCCACUCGGAGAGAAACACACUCCCUCAUCGUCAUCCGGCAGAAAACCCCUUUCUCCUCAUUUUCAUCCUAUAGAGGACACCUACAAUCGCAAAGGGCUGAGAUUCCCUGACGAAGAUUGUAAUUUUUUUUCCUUUUUUUCUUUUUUUUCUUUUAAUUUGGAGACCUGACACAUAACAGGGGCCAAAUAUUUUAAAGGCCGAAGAGCUUGGAGACUUCAGCCGAAGAUCAGCGCAGAGAAGAAGGACCUAGAUUUCUUGCAUUGUAUGUCAAGAAUGGUUACUCAGAUAAUCAGCACCAUGGAAACCCAGGUAUCCAAUGGCCCAAGUGGAACAAGUCUGCCAAACGGUCCAGUCAUUAGCACCAAUGGCUCGACGGAUGACAGCAAAACCAACCUGAUCGUCAACUAUCUGCCUCAGAACAUGACCCAGGAAGAGUUCAAGAGUUUGUUCGGUAGCAUCGGAGAGAUUGAGUCCUGCAAGCUAGUCAGAGACAAAAUUACAGAUUUGCCUUUGUGUCCAGGUCAGAGUUUGGGAUACGGAUUUGUAAAUUACGUUGAUCCAAAUGAUGCCGACAAAGCCAUCAACACACUCAACGGUCUAAAACUGCAAACAAAAACAAUCAAGGUAUCAUACGCUCGCCCCAGCUCAGCAUCAAUUCGCGAUGCAAACCUGUAUGUGAGUGGACUACCCAAAACCAUGAGUCAGAAAGACAUGGAGCAACUCUUUUCCCAAUAUGGUCGCAUCAUCACAUCUCGCAUCUUAGUGGACCAAGUUACAGGCAUAUCUCGAGGAGUGGGAUUCAUCCGGUUUGACAAACGGAACGAGGCUGAGGAGGCCAUCAAAGGUCUGAACGGACAGAAGCCUUUGGGAGCUGCGGAGCCCAUCACUGUCAAAUUCGCCAACAAUCCCAGCCAGAAGACGGGCCAAGCCUUACUGACUCAACUCUAUCAGACAGCUGCCAGACGCUACACGGGGCCCCUGCAUCACCAAACUCAACGGUUCAGACUCGACAAUUUACUAAACGCCAGCUACGGAGUCAAGAGCUCUCCCCCUCUCUUCCCCAGAUUCUCGCCCAUCACUAUCGAUAGCAUGACCAGCCUGGCGGGAGUCAACCUCACGGGGCCCACCGGAGCAGGAUGGUGCAUUUUUGUCUACAACCUCUCCCCGGAGGCGGACGAAAGCGUCCUGUGGCAGCUCUUCGGACCGUUCGGCGCAGUAACCAACGUCAAAGUCAUCCGCGACUUCACCACCAACAAAUGUAAGGGCUUCGGCUUUGUCACCAUGACCAACUACGACGAAGCUGCCAUGGCCAUCGCCAGCCUUAACGGGUACCGCCUGGGAGACCGGGUGCUGCAGGUGUCUUUCAAGACCAGCAAGCAGCAUAAGGCCUGAAAAAGUGAGAGAGAAAGGGGCCAGUGGGGCGAUCUCCUAUAACCUUUGGGGAAGGCACUUUGAGCUCCCUGGGUUUUCACUAUAUUUGGGCCUGGACUUAGUCUCUCUGACACAAUCUCACACAAACCCAUAAUAUAUUACCACAAAACAGACAUUCAGACGCACUCACACAUACGAUCGUCCAUACACGAGCAAAACACCGACCAACACCGAUGGAGUUUUUGUUUUCUCUUCUUCUUAUGCGACAUGAGAGUCCUUCCCUGUAUAUUUGCCUGGAUUGAAUUAGAUGGGGGUACGUAGCUGGUUGGUUAGGUAGGGAUAAUAAGAGCUAUCUAUUUAGGAGACAGUUUAACGAAUGUGACAGAGAAUGUGUACUUAGUGCUUUGAUUGAAUUCAGGCAAAUUAUGAUGACAACUGAUGAACAAAAAAGAAAACGAUCAAAAUUUAAAUGAAUAUGUGCAAUUUACCCAAACACUUAACCCACAGUCUCUCCCAUUAUGUUGCUGGAGAGAAUGUAGUCACUUUUUUACACUUGGGCAUUUUGAAUCAGCGAUUUUUUUAGAUCAAAGAAAAUUAAAAACAGUGUUCUCUUAUAUACGUCUAUUAAAAUAUAACUAUAUAUUCAAUAUUUAAGGUGGUUAUAAUAGCCGAGUAUGUAAGCAUUUUCUAGAAACUUUGACUACUGUUUCCUGACCUGCAUUAGGUGGUGCCUAGUGUGAAGGCAAUUUCUCUACCCGAUAUGAGCCUGUUAGCUCAGGCCCUACUAUUUAGUUUCAAUAGAAUACUGGUCACAGAGAAGAGUAGUUGGAAAACCAUCCAGUUCACCUCACAGUCUCACACCAACAAGUCCAAUAGCUCACACAUAUCACAAAUCACAGUAUGAUAUAUUUACUAUUCAUCACAAACAGUACUGCUCCUAGUGAGAGAAUCAAGAUGCACAUGACUGUCUGUGAACUUAGAGCAGUGGCAGUGCUCCCAUGGCGACAGCGUUCGUUAGUGAAUCUCCUGAGGGCUUAUGAAAGAUGAGGGGAAAACCAUUUCACUACAACAGAACCAUUUCAAAAGGAAACACUAAGAAUUUUCACAUUUUGCAUUAUUUAUCAUCGCACCUUUAAUGUAGAUCACAAACCAUUUUAUAUCACACAGCAUAGAAAGAUCCCUUUAACAUGAUUUUCUGGUGUCAUUAUCUUCAGAAAAGAGCAGUGUACAGUAUUUCAGGUUGGUAAAAAAUAGUAGCACAUAUAUCAAAGCAAUUAGAAAUAUGUGCACAUUGUACAGCUCAACAAUAAUGGUCUACAGCAGGUUUGCAGAUGAGUAAAACACAUCUAGGGCACUGGCAUAAUUCUAAAGGUGUAAAAAAAGCUGUUGUGUAAAUUAGGUUAAAAUCAUGUGUUUCAGUAAAAACACAGGCGCUGCAAGCCAAAUGCUUGUUGCAAAAUAGAGCACUGCAGUUCAUUGAACAUUCAGAACUGACUUAAAACUGCUCACAGCGAUUUCAAAAAUGAUCCUUUGAGGAGAAAAUGACCAGUUCCUCCAGCUUUGCCAAAUGCUCUUCAAAUGUAUUUAAAAUCUUUUUCCUAAAACGCUUCAGAGAAAACUUUGAACUCUCUGCACUCUCAAAAGAUGACUGUACAACAUCACGCCUGACAUUUUUUACUCCUGUUUAGUACACAAAAUUGUAUUUGUUCGCUUCAGAUCCAUUAGACAGUCACAAAAAUAGCAUUUCUUAAAAUAUCCCAACUGCAUGGAAAUUAUUUAUGGCACCCUUGAUGAAGCAUUAAGGCCAACCAGUCUCACUGAAAUGUCUGUACCAGACAGUAGUGAGAUCUACCAUGGGGAGAGCUAGUGUCUUUCAUUAUCAAGACAUCUGCAUAUCAUCAUCGAUUAAAUGAGGUCAACUAUAUACAAGACAUUUUUGCUUUUCUAAAUGACGCUGUGUUAGCCAAAGAGGACGAUCUCUUUGAAAGGAGUACAUUAGAGAUAAAUCUAUUUUUAUACAUACAAAGGAACAAGACAUUGUGCUGAAUUUUUACAGAUCUUAAGCUUGGAAAAAUUGGGACAUCGCAUGGCUUUAUUUUAAACCCUCUGAUCUUUGCAGAGCAAAGGGGAACAAGCAUGCGGUGUAUGGGUGGGGAUUUAGGGAGGGGGUGAAGGAACGUUGUAUCUCAUACAAACUUAACUGUUCAACCAUUUGAAAAUUGACAGCUAGUUGUAUAACCUGACACACAUCUGUACGCGGGCGCUUGCCGCUCACAUCUCAGUCCUGAAUUUGUGUACAGUGCUGCUUGAAUGAUGGUGCAGUGAAGCGAAGUUCUUUGACUAGAGAAUCCUCGACAAAGCUGUGGUGACACUGGCUCAUUGUCAGGCUGAAAACUACUCUACGCUGCAAACAGUGAAAUGUAGACUCAGACAGGGAUGCACAAUCAUAAUGGACAUCAAGCAUGAUUCUUUAUGAGAUGACAAAUUAGCCAAAUAGCCAAAGAAUUGCUUUGCAAGGCAGUACAAAGAAGGACACAUUAAGACUAACUAUAUUAUUCCCUGUAAUCGCUGUACAAAUCUAUGUUGUAUAUUAAAAAGGACCCUCUACAAUUUAAGUUAUCAUUUGUUGUGAAAAUCUAAGUUGCACAUAUCAGUUUGCAUUACAACCUACAACCACUUCUAAAACAGCAUCUGUAUGCACCCUCAUGCAAACACUUUAUCCAGAACUUAUUCAAAUGCAUAUCAAAUUGAUAUUGGGAAAAACAUGCACAUAUAGAGAGUUCCCCUAUAUUAAUAAUAUCAUCUCCUUGUCUUGUGUGACCAAUUUUGGGAAAUUGUCAACAUUGCACCAUUUCAAAGAAUAGGAUGGCUACUGUUUCACUCCCAAUGAUUGUUGCUGCUGUCUCCAGAUAACCACUUAAUAGUAUCAAGCUUAGCCCUUAGAUUUGAGGCAGGAAACCAAGUACUUGCUGAGACCAGUGAAAGACCACAGCCCUAAUUGGCCAUACACUCCAUAUAUAACCCCUUAUGUUAUGUAUACGAUCAGUAGAGAGCCAAGGACCAUGGCAGGAAACAGUACCACAACUGCUUGAGCAACAACAAUAAUCAUUUAAAAAGACAAAAAAACUUUCCUAUGGAACAGUAAGUGCAAUGUGCUUUGUUUUUAUAUUGACUGAGAACAAAUGAUAUAUAUUUUUUAAAAAAGAAAAUUAAAUGUCACACUGAAAAGGUUUGCAGAAAAGUGAAAGGAGCAAUUGAGGACAGCGCUCAUUGAUAAACUUACAUAAUCGCUCCCUUUAGCCCCUAAUUUGUGCUCUGUCCAUGCAAAAUAAGAAACUGCAUAUUUGGCUUAUAUAUUAGAGCAAUCCUCAAAUAUCUUGAAAGGGAUACUGUUGAUAUAUCGUGAGUCUUAGCCCAUGUCAAUUUCAAAUAUCAUUUAUUUCCUGUAACCGAUUGCUUUCAUUUACAUAUCAAUAUCCACUUGUUCAAUUAGCGUAUUUGUGUUGUUGAUGUUGCCAUAGAGGACACACAUGAUCAAACAGUUUUGUUCGGUUGCAUUGAUUGGGUACAAUUCUUUCUUUUUCUUCCAUUUAUUGAAUUAGUUGCAGUUUUUUACAGUGUAUGCAGAUUUUAGACUUAGUUAGAUUUUUUUUAUUUCAAUCAAACUGUGUUUAAUUGUGUUUGUAAAAGUCUGUGGUAGCUUUUGUUGCAACAUAAAAUAAUUUAAACUGAAAAAAUUCAAAAUAGCGCCAACAAACUUGUAUUAUUUGGGCGACUUUAAGCUUGUAGUUUUAACUUAUUGUUAACUUAAAAACUAUUUAUUAUUAUGAUUAUUAUUAUUAUUGCCUCGUACAAAGUAUGUUUUGUGUAUAUUUAUGGUUUAUUUCAUUAUAUUUGCAAGUUUAAAAGAUUUUAAGUUUGCCAAAAUUGUGGUUACACCAUUUUGUUUCUUAAAAGGGGGACAAAUAGAAAAACAGCUUUAGAAGUACAAUUUGGAAUCGUUCUCCAUAGUCAAAGAAUGCACUGCUAUAUUUAACUAAUUGAAGUGUAUAAACAUACAUGCUGUGUGCUAGAUGUUAUGCCUUUACUGCCUGUGUUCUGUUUGUCUUGUUAAAUGAAAAUCUUUUAAUUAUUUAAUCUAAUCACAGUCUUGUUUUUUCAAACCACUUGGGGAACCCUUGAAACAUGGGACAGCCCCUAUAGCCAGACGCUGACCCAGUUUUGGGUCUAGCAAUUAGCAAGGACCAAAGGGAUGUCCCAGGUUUGACUCACAAGAUACCUUCCUGCCAAUGCCAUUGUCAAUAAAGCCAAUAAAGCUUUUUCAAAAACAUAUUUAUUUAGGCUUUGGCUUCAAGAAGAAUGUCUUGUGAGUCUUUUAGAAUGACAAAGGGUAGAGUGGUCUUCUGUUUCUCAACCAACUGUAUUUUGUGUCUAUUUAUUUAGAGGGGACGCAGUAACUUAGUGAUGUUUUUCUUACAUUUGCCUGGAAUGGUAGAACAAAUCAAAACGGCAAAAAUGAUCAAAAAACAAUUGCAAAAUCUCAUACUUCCAAACAUGACCAAAAUGAACAAAAUUUAACUAAGAAAAAAUAAACCUUUCAGUUUAGUCUAGGAUAUUUAUUACUGGGAUUUCUGCUGAAGACGCUUGAAGACUUUUUCAUGGAAUUGUUUAAUUAUUUGUACUUUACAUGCCAGAAAAAAUAAAAUAAAAGUUACAAAUACC